UGUCCCGGGAUGCUGAGGGUGUCGGUGUGUGUGUGUGUAUUUAGCUAUCCACGUUCCCGAGCAUCUGUGCUUCAUGAAAGAUAUGGGAUGACAUUUUCUUCAUUAAUGUCGUAGCAAUACGACGACAAAUCCUUAUUCGACUGAUCAACACCAAACUGGCUCCGGGCUGACAGAAUCUCGCUCGUGUGGGUUGAAUGAAGCCUGUUAUGGCUCUCCGGAGAAAGCAGGAGAACAAAGCUUUCAUUUCAGAGCUCAACCCAUCAGCAUCCAGCCUUGUGUCUGAAAAACCUGAAAAAAUCUCUGGGGAUGGAGACGAUCCAAAUCUUGAGAAGCCUGGCCGCAGCAAGCAUGACAUCCAGCCGUCUUCGCCCAUGCGGGCCAGAUCCAGUCUAACCGAUGGAUCUGAGGAUGAAUCAAGCCCUCCUCAACCUGACAGCAUGGAUGAAGACUCGCUGUCCGAAUAUGAGAACAUAGCAUCUGGGGAAGAGGAAGGGGAAGAGCAUGACUACGAGGAAGAUCUCCAAACCGAAGCGGAUAGGAUGACCUACUAUGUCCACUGCUGCCCUGAGGAUGAAAGUUACAUGGAAGGAAUGGACUGCCAUGAAGGGCCGGAUGGUGCUGAGGGUCCCGGCACAUCCCGGGACCUCGGAGUAAACUCCAAGCCGGAGGCUUGGGGGCCCUCGGAAGGUUUCUACGAGGUCGUUCAGAAAGACGCAACAACGUUGGUUUACAAACGUCCUGAGCCUAUCACGGAGACCACUUUUGUGCAAGCUCCUAUGGCUGAGGAUGAGGAGGACGACGAGGAGACGGAGGAAGAGUUGGAGGAUAGCGAGGAAGAAGACGACGGGUAUUUCUUCUACAAGGAUGCAGAGGAGAACAACAAUGGGAUCCGUCAUAAAGGUGAUGAUGGCUUCGCAAUUCGUACCCAAGAUUUCAAUCGUGGGCAAGGGAGGAACCAGGACAACCCUAAACAUUCAAAAGACGUCACUCCGGGGUCAAGUUACACUCAUAGGGGAAGAAUCGGAAAGGAUAGUCCAAAAGAUCGUGAUGUCCCAGGAGUCAAAGGAGGCAGAGAUGACCCCGGCCAAAGCUCCAGAUAUCAAGGACAGAAGACGGAGAGAGAACACAAAAGAGACCAGGAUGCCGGUGGGGUCACCGCAAAAGCCAAACAAGCAGAUCCCGAGGACAGCGUGGUUUGGAAAAAAAGACAUUCAUUAAAAAACUCCAGAGAGGACAAUAGGGACAGAGAGGAGAUCUAUUCACAACAACAAAGAAAAAGUCCCGGAGACAGCAAAAACAGACCUGCGUGUAGUCACAAACCAAAGGGUGCGAAUGGAAAGCAAAGCUUUGAUGUUGAUGAAGAACAGCUGGAGAAGCAAGUGAAAGCCAAAUCGAAGGUUGUGCCACAGAACUCAGGGAGAGACAAAGGUGGAUGUCAACACACAAAUGAUGAGAGAGGGACUCCUGAUGGUUCCAGGACCUCUGAAUCUUCAUCAUGCAGGAGAAACAGCCAACCAAGAGUCUGUGAGACCACGUCUGUUCAGUCCAGAGAUAAACAAAUGCAGAAAGACUUGGCCAAACCCACUGAAGAGAAGUCAAGGGUUAGUCAGGAACAGGUUUGUCAGAGUAGUCCGAAUGACCGAAGAACAGAAACACCAGCUGGACAAAACAGAGAGCCACCCCAGAAAAAUCCUUCUUUCCCGAGCUUUGUUGAUAUCCCUGGUCCAUGUGAGCCAGAGGAUCUGGUCAACGGAAUCAUCUUUGCAGCAAACUACCUCGGCUCUACCCAGGUGCUGUCCGACAGGAACCCGUCCAAAAGCAUCCGCAUGAAACAAGCGCAGGAAGCUCUUGACUGUGUUAAGUCUGUAGAGGGUGAUGCUCACAGCUUGACAGAGAUCGACUUGUUCAUAUCGACCAAAGCAAUCAAGGUGCUCAAUGCUGAUACACAGGAAACGAUGAUGGACAACGCCCUCCGCACCAUCUCGUAUAUCGCAGACAUCGGUAACGUGGUGGUCCUUAUGGCCCGCAGGCGUCUGUCAAACUCGUCUUCUCUUGACUGCACUGAUUCGGGCCUCGCCGGAGAGAACCGGAAGCAGUACCGCAUGAUCUGCUACGUCUUUGAGUCUGAAGAUGCCCAGCUUAUCGCACAGUCCAUUGGUCAGGCGUUCAGCAUGGCCUACCAAGAGUUCCUCCGGGCCAAUGGGAUCAACCCCAAGGACCUGAGCCAGAAAGACUACAGCGACAUCCUGAACUCACAGGAGAUGUAUAAUGACGACCUCAUCCAUUUCUCCAAUUCUGAAAACUGUAAAGAGAUUCAGCUUGAAAAGCAGAAGGGAGAGAUUCUGGGGGUGGUGAUCGUGGAAUCGGGUUGGGGCUCCAUCCUCCCUACCGUCAUCCUGGCCUGCAUGCUGAACAACGGUCCAGCCACCCGCUCGGGCAAACUCAAUGUGGGCGAUCAGAUCAUGGCCGUCAAUGACACCAGCCUCGUGGGCCUGCCCCUUUCUACCUGUCAAGGCAUCAUUAAGGGUCUCAAGAAUCACACCCAGGUCAAACUGAGUGUGGUCAGUUGCCCACCUGUAACCACUGUCAUCAUAAAGAGACCAGAUUUACAGUACCAGCUCGGCUUCAGCGUGCAGAACGGCAUAAUCUGCAGUCUGAUGCGUGGAGGUAUUGCAGAACGGGGAGGGGUGCGUGUCGGCCAUAGAAUCAUUGAGAUAAACGGACAGAGUGUGGUCGCCAUGGCGCAUGAGAAAAUCGUCCACGCCCUGUCGGUAUCUGUAGGAGAGAUUAAAAUGAAAACUAUGCCCGCUGUCAUGUUCAGGCUGCUGACUGGACAGGAAACUCCGGUGUACAUCUGAUGAACCCAACAAUGUGAACAUUUUUGCUGUGAAGUUGAACAAGUUUACCGGUUUACAGUUCUUUCUCCCAAAAAAUUACUGAAACAUAUUGAAGAGCAAUGACUUGCUUGAUAUACAGCCGCGAUACGUGCAUGAACACACACAAACUGAAUCACAUCAUUUCUUGUAUCAAAGGCGUGCUGUUCUUUAUUACUUGUUUAUUUUGAGAAUUUAAGAAAUUGUUUUUCUGUACCAGAGUAGAUGCUUGUUUUAUUAGUUUCUACUGUAUAAACGUCAUGUGGCUUUGGAUUAAGCCCAAAAUCCUCUUGAACUAAAACAGAAUAGAAUCUGUUACAGAAUAUGUGUAAAUAUUGAAGCAACUGCGCUCGAGAUAACAAUUACUGUAAGCCACGUAUGAUCAAAUAAUGUUGGACAUUAGCAAUACAAAAACACACUACAUUAAUUCAAAACACACAAUUCCCAAACUCAAAGGUUAGUAAAUCGACUUAAGCAUGCUAAAAUCCAAAGAGAACGGUUCUGUUUGAUAAAAAGCAUACAUUGUAUAUUAGGUUUUCAACAUCUCUGUGAUAAAUUAGCCUACAUGGGUACUGUACACUGUGAAUGAACCAUUUCUGUAGAUAUAAGCAUGCCUGAUUCAAAGACUAAAAUAUAACUAAUGAAAUCCUUUCACGUUUAUGCAUGAGGUUAUAGAAUGAAUGACAUAAUGAAUCAAUUCAGACUGAAAUGCAAGUGUGAUUUUUACGGUUUAAUAAGAAAGCAAUUAAACACCAUUUUUAGCUUUGCUCACAUCUUAGUAGUAGGAACAUAAGCAAUAGCCAGUCACUGGAUUUCAUAAUUGUGUUACUUGGGAAAUUCCACAUUCCUCAGGUGGCUCACAUUAAUAAUUAUUAUUAUGCAAAUAUUGAAAACGCAACAAGCCGUUAUUGUAAUUUCCAUUAUGGUAUCAUCACAGUGAAUAAUAGAAAAAGAAAAGAAUGAUGACAUUGGAGAUUGUGUUUUAUUGGUUUAAUAGAAGUAGUAUUAUGUACAUAUUUACAAAUCAAUACGCAGGAGCAAUAAAAACAUUUCU